AUGACUGACAGAUUCGCCCGCACGGAUGGAUCAACCACUCAUUCCUGCAAUCUCACAGAAGGGCUUUAUUGUGGUGGAACAUGGAGAGGGACGAUAGAUCACCUCGACUAUAUCCAAGGCAUGGGCUUCGAUGCUGUUCUGAUCUCCCCAAUCAUCAAGAACGUUGAAAAGAAAGCCAAAUAUGGGGAAGCAUACCACGGCUACUGGGCCCAGGACAUGUACUCUCUCAACCCACAUUUUGGCACACAUGAAGAUCUUCUGGACUUGAGCCAAGCACUUCAUAACAGAGGAAUGUUCAUUAUGAUGGAUACUGUCAUAAAUAACAUGGCUUAUACCAUGAACGGCGGCAACCCAGCAACAGACGUUAACUACACUUCUCUUAAUCCCUUUAAUGAGAAAAGCUUCUACCAUCCUUACUGCAAGAUCGACGACUGGAACGACUACCCGCAAUCGCAGUACUGCUGGACAGGGGAUAACAUCGUUGCGCUCCCGGAUCUAAACACGGAGGACGAACGGGUCCAGACCAUACUGGAGAUGUGGAUUCAGGAGAUGAUAGCAACCUACUCCAUCGAUGGGCUCCGUAUAGAUGCAGCAAAGCAUGUCACACCAGAUUUUAUUGGGAAAUUUGAAAAGGCAGCUGAUGUCUUUAUGUUCGGAGAGGUCUAUGAGCGAUCUGUCGACAUAAUCUGCGGGUAUCAAAGCAAUAUCAUGCCCAGCGUCACUAACUACCCGAUCUACUUCGCUCUUCUCGACGCCUUCACCAUAGGCGACACAGAAUCCCUUCCCAAUCAAGUCGAAAGCAUGAAGAGCAAAUGCCCGAGCGUGACGAGUUUAACCAUUUUUUCUGAAAACCAUGAUCUGCCCCGAUUCGCAAGCUUGAAGGAUGACAUAAAUCUCGCGAAAAAUAUCCUAACAUUCACCCUCCUCUUCGACGGCCUUCCCAUUAUUUACCAAGGGCAAGAGCAGCACUUCUCCGGCUCAACAGACCCUCACAAUCGCGAAGCCCUUUGGCCCUCUGCGUACGACACCUCCUCCCCACUUUACAACACGAUUCACACGCUGAACACAAUCCGCAAACACGCCAUCCAGAUCGACCCUGACUACUACAUAAAUUACAACACAUACCCUGUCUACCGCGGAUCCUCUGAAAUGGCCUUCCGCAAGGGCCGUGAGGGCAGGCAGAUUAUCAUGGUUCUCUCAACGCAGGGGAGCAAUAGCGGGGCUUACACGAUCCGCAUGAUGAAUGGAUUCCAGCCAAGUGUUGUCGCGAGGGAUGUAUUUAGUUGUCGGACUUGGACAGUGAAUGAUAUGGGGGAACUGAGGCUUGAUAUGGAUAAAGGGGAGCCGAGAGUGUUGUUUCCGGAGGCGUUAAUGAGAGGGAGUGGGCUUUGUGGGUAUGCGAGGGAGAAGGUUACUUAUAUGGAUUUUGUUAAUAAGACUUAUUCGCCAGAAUCUGGGGAUGAUAAGGAGUCAGGAGGGGUGGUGGGUAGCAGUGUAGUGGUUGGGGGAACGGGUGUGGCAUUGGUUUGGGCGUUAUUAGGGCUUAUUUCGUUUGCAAUGUGUUAG